UAUGCAUGAGUUAAAUAAAAAUUUCAUAUAAUGUUUCUCAGCACAACUAAAGAGUCCAUAAAAAUAGGAAUUCUAGGUAGUCCUAGCUAGUAACACUCUUUCAAUAUAUAUUAAACCAAAAUAACCUUGUUUUCCAUUUUCCCUACCCUAUAAUAAUACAAAUACGUUCACACUCUACCCUUCUCUCUCUCCUAUCUCGUAUUCUCACUCUCUCUCUCUCUCUCUUUUUCAAUACCAUGGCCUCUCUAGAGAAGCCCUCCUCCUCCCCUCUCCUUACACCCUCCACUACUGUAAACCACGGCCACGGCCACGACCAUGAUCAUGACCACGAUCAAUUACCGCCGUCCACGUCGGCUACAACGCACGGCGUGGACGCGCGGCUGGAGAGCAUCCUCACCGACGCGUCGCUGCCGUGGAGGCGGCGCGCAUGGUGUGCGUUGGGGAUCGAGCUGCGGCUCCUGCUGGCGCUCGCGGCGCCCGCGGUGGCCGUGUACAUGAUCAACUACGUCAUGUCGAUGUCGACGCAGAUCUUCUCCGGCCACCUCGGCAACCUCGAGCUGGCCGCCGCCUCCCUCGGCAACACCGGCAUACAGAUCUUCGCCUACGGCCUCAUGCUAGGGAUGGGAUCCGCAGUGGAGACUCUAUGCGGACAGGCGUACGGGGCGCACAAGUACGAGAUGCUCGGAAUAUACCUCCAACGGUCAACGGUCCUCCUAACCGCCACCGGGAUUCCACUCGCCGUAGUCUACGCCUUUUCCCGCCCGAUCCUAGUCCUCCUCGGCGAGUCCCCCGAGAUCGCCGAGGCCGCAUCCAUUUUCGUGUACGGACUCAUCCCCCAGAUAUUCGCGUACGCCGUGAACUUCCCCAUACAAAAGUUUAUGCAGGCGCAGAGCAUCGUGGCGCCGAGCGCGUACAUUAGCACGGCCACGCUUAUCGUGCACCUGCUGCUGAGCUGGGGUGUGGUGUACAAGGUGGGCUUGGGCCUCUUGGGGGCCUCUCUGGUGCUGAGCCUGAGCUGGUGGAUCAUAGUGGGGGCCCAGUUCGUCUACAUCGCGGCGAGCCCGCGGUGCCGGCUCACGUGGACCGGGUUCUCGUGGCAGGCGUUCGCCGGGCUCGGCGAGUUCUUCAAGCUGUCGGCGGCGUCGGCGGUGAUGCUCUGCCUCGAGACCUGGUACUUCCAGGUGCUCGUGCUUAUUGCCGGGCUUCUCGAGAACCCGGAGCUGGCGCUCGAUUCGCUCUCCGUGUGCAUGACGUUAUCCGGUUGGGUGUUCAUGAUCUCGGUCGGGUUUAAUGCUGCUGCAAGUGUGAGAGUGAGCAACGAACUUGGCGCCGGAAACCCUAAAUCCGCGGCAUUCUCAGUGUUGGUGGUGACGGUGCUAUCGUCUAUAAUAUCGGUGAUACUAGCAAUUGUGAUCCUCUGCCUCCGCGACUACAUAAGCUAUAUAUUCACCGAGGGCGAGACGGUGGCCCGCGCCGUCUCCGACCUUUGCCCGUUGCUCGCAGUCACCCUCAUCCUCAACGGAAUCCAACCCGUCUUAUCUGGUGUGGCUGUUGGGGAAUAUGGGGAGGAAUGAUAGGAGGUACAUUCAUGCAAACCCUUAUCCUGCUGUGGGUCACGUUCCGAACUGAUUGGAACAAAGAGGUGCAAGAAGCCAUGAAAAGAUUGGAUAAGUGGGAGGACAAGAAACAACCGCUUCUGUCAAAUGAUGAGAACUAAUAAUCGACUAAUCGAUCAGUGUGAGCUCUUUGAUUUGGUAUUUACCAUCGAAAAAUCGUCGGAAAUGGAGAUUAUGAUUACAUAAUGUGGUAUUUGAGGGAUAUUAAUUACCGCAUCCACAUUGGAUGGAAAAGGAUGAUGUAUAAUUCCUUUGAAGGAAGGGGAGUAUAUGUACUUUAUGAGAGAUUUAAACAUGAGAAUUACUGGAGUUCGCACUUUGUGCAGCUCCACCGCAAAUUUCAAGAAUAUGAUAUAAUCAUCCAUUUCAUUUGUUUUUAUAA